GAAAAGCAUUAAAGCUAUAAAACGUAUUUUUCUGUUAAUGCUUUACAACCCCAUUUUACGCAGUCUACGUAUUGCUGCAUCACUAACUUCGUGCUUCACAAUGAGUAAGAAAGGUUCUGCUGCCGCACUGACCCCGUCAAGAAAGGCUUCCUCUGGCGGUUCGCCCAACGAAAAGAGUGGGUCGACUACUGAAGCCACAGAUGUAUCACAUACGGGUGUAGUUUUGCCAGCUGAAGGACCCGGGCUUCACCACUUCGAUAAAAAUGUGCUGAGCACCGUUGACUCUGUGAUUAUAAACAGAUGGACUUGUCGGAAUUUUGACGAAACCCGCUCGGUAGAUGAGAACCUCAUCCGGCGGCUUCUCAACACGACGAUGCGCGCCCCAACGGGGUUUAACCUCCAGCCUUGGCAUGCGAUUGUGGUUCAGGAUGCUGAGAGAAGGAAGGCCCUGUGCACGGCAGCGCUCGGACAGCCGCAGAUUCAGAAAGCGCCUCUGUCGAUCGUCUUUGUGGGUGACAUGGAGGCCGAGCGUAACGCUCCUCAGGUUCUUGAAAUGGGCCUGGAGAACGGCUACCUCACGGAGGCUUAUGCACCUCUUUUCCUUCGUAAUGUGUAUUACUUCCUUCACGGUGGCCCACUUCAAGCCAUGGCCCUCACCAAGUCGGUGCUGUCGAGUUGCUACAGCAAGUUCACCGGCACCCCACUUCUUUCAGUGCCCGUUUCCAUGAAGAGCUACGCGUGGAAGCAAACGAUGAUUCCCGUGACGACUUUCGUGCAUUUAUGCACAGCCGCAGGGUUGAAUACGUGCAUAAUGGAGGGAAUGGAUGAGGAGGCGGUGAAAAAAGUAGUGGGACUGUCCGGUCGAUACACCGUUCCUGUGAUCGUGAGUGUUGGCUACGCAGCACCGCCCCCCGUGGAGGAAUCAAGCGAAAGUGGAGGUGAGGCAGCCCCCAGUAAGAAGCAGAAGUUGGCCUGGUCACCACGCUUUGCCUUUGAUCACGUUAUCCGAUGGGAAAAAUUUUAA